AUGAAAUCACUUUUUGCUCUCAUCCUCCUCAUUUCACUUGCCUUGUAUGCAAUCACCACAGAUGCAAGAAGAGACCCUGGAGAUUAUUGGAGAAUUGUGAUGAAAAAUGAGCUCAUUCCUAUAGCAAUCCAGCAUCUUAUGCCUAGGUAUGACGUUCCUUUCGAACCAAAAAGUUCCUUUGAACCAAGGCCAACUGUAACUUCUUAUCGUGAUGAUAAAGUCAGUCUUAAAAAAGAAAAGUCUUUUGAAUCAAGACCGACUUUAACUGCUUAUUAUCAUGGUGAUGUUGGCCUCAAACAAGAAAAAUCAUCUUUUACUAAAGAUUUUGAACCAAGGCCAACUGCAACUUCUUACCAUGAUACUGAAGUCAGUCUUAAAGAAGAAAGGUCUUUUGAACUAAGGCCAACUUUAACUGCUUACUAUCAUGGUGAUGUUGACCUCAAACAAGAAAAAUCAUAUUUUACUAAAGAUUUUGAACCAAGGCCAACCACAACUUUCUAUCGUGACAUUGAAGUCAGUCUUAAAGGAGAAAAGUCUUUUGAACCAAGACCGACUGUAACUGCUUACUAUCAUGGUGAUGUUGGCCUCAAACAAGAAAAAUCAUAUUUUACUAAAGAUUUUGAACCAAGGCCAACUGCAACUUCUUACCGUGAUGAUGAAGUUAGUCUCAAAGAAGAAAAGUCUUUUGAACCAAGGCCGAAUGUUAGUGUGUACAAUGAGUGA